CACUACUACAACAUGUUUAAAUUGAUCUUCGUAUUGUCUACUCUUGCCUGUGCUGCAUAUGCAGAUCCAAAACCCGGUGUAUUAGCUGCUGCUCCACUGGCCGUUGCACCAGCAGUUGCUGCUCCAGCGGUUGUUACCGCCCAAAGUUCCCAAGUGGUCGCUAGAAACUUCAAUGCUUUAGUCGCCGGCCCUGCUCCUGUUAUAGCCGCUCCAGCACCAGUAAUAGCUGCCAGGGCUUCCCUCUUAGCUGCCCCAGCACCCAUAUUACCUGCCAGAGCCUCAUUUUUGGCUGCUCCAGCUCCAGUUGUUGCUGCCAGAGCUCCUCUUGUCGCAGCCCCAGCUCCUGUUCUGGCUGCGAGGGCACCAUUGGUCUCGGCCCCUCUAUUUGCAGGUUUGCCAGCUUACAGAACUGCUCCAUUUUUAUUGAAAUGAAGCAUGAGUGAUUAAAAAGACUGAUCUGCAUAUAAUUGUAAAUAAACUUGAAUUCAAAA